AUGGCUGCAACUAUCGUCACUAUGCACGAACACCAUCAUGGGCCAAGCUUCUCGCCCGAGCACAUCGAGGUACUAAUCACCAUUGAACGAGUCGGUGCAGGAUGUUCCAUGGUGGCUAUCGUUCUCGUGUUACUCUCAUUCGGCCUCUUCAAGAAACUUCGAACGACCCCUAACCUCUUUCUGAUCUUCGCCUCGAUUGCGAAUGCCGGAGCAAGUGUGGCAUCUAUGAUCGGGUACGAUGGACUCGAGAAGGGCGAGGGCUCGCAUCUAUGCCAGGCUCAGGCCUUUAUCUUCGAAUGGUUCAUGCAAUCUGACCCUUGGUGGUCGCUUGCAAUGGCAAUCAACGUGUUUCUAGUAUUUUUCUGCAACUCUGACCCCCGAAUGUUUCGAAAGUAUGCAUGGCUUUACUGUGUCAUUUGCUUUGGUGGCCCAUUAAUUCCAGCGAUUGUUCUGAUCUCAAUUCGCGACGCCCCCGAAGGUCUUAUUUUCGGGGACGCUACUUUAUGGUGCUGGAUUGGAACCGACUGGAGCCUCGUUCGCCUCUAUGCAUACUAUAUUCCAAUCUGGACCUUCUCUUUUCUGUCAAUAAUGAUCUACAUCGCAGUCGGAUAUCAUGUCUUCCACCAUAGAAAUCAGCUCAGGCAUAUGGUGAUGGAAGGGAUGGGAAACACAGAGAAAAAUGGCAGUAUACCUUACUCGAGCAGUGAGCCCAGGGGCUCUUCCGAAGCGGUAGCCUUCCCACUUAACACCAGCGAGGGAGGUAACACUGACCCUUAUUACCAGAAUCUUACGGGUCGUCAGGAUUUCUACGGUACUGCUGUCACAGAAGUCCAAAUCAUACGGGAAGAGCCAAGACAUACAGCCAACCUUGGCCUUACCACACCUACUGCGACCCAUUCGGCGAUCAGCCCUCCGCGUAUUCAAUCUUGGGCUGUUCCCAGUUCCUUCGAGCAGCUCGAGCAAACAACCUCUAGCAGAGGACAGCGCUUUGAAACAGUAUGCACGUCCACCAGUACUCCUCAGCCGCCUUCGACGAUGAUGACCCGCCUACGCGCUGCCAGGUCCAAUGCAUCCUUGAAACUUAAAAGAUUCGACCCUGUCAAAAUGGCGUAUUUACGUACCAGCUUCAUCUUCGGUUUCGCCGUAUUGAUCACUUGGAUCCCAAGUUCCAUUAACCGACUAUAUAGUCUGACACAUUCCGACAGAAUCAGUUUUAGUCUCAGUGUUGCCAGCGGUUGCGUUCUUCCGCUCCAGGGAGUUUGGAACGCUCUGAUCUAUUUCACUACCAGCUGGAAGACAUUUCGUGAAGAAGUACAUGCAGCGAGAGCGAAGUGGCUUGGAAGACCUGAAGAGUCUGCACAUGGGAUCCGCCUCAACAGUCGAAAUGACACUCAUAAGGGCGAAUAUCGCAGCACACUCGAACGAACCCGACAAGUACGAGCGGGUUCGGCCGAAGAUGUUUGA